ACACUGGCCUACAUACAUUUAACACUUGUACAUAAUUUCUCACAUGCCACUGCCACUCCCUUUUUCCAUUGUAACAUUACUUGAACUGAUUUUGCCAAGAGACAACUAUUUCACAUUUCUACAGCAAAUAUGCUGAUUGACCUUUACGGAAAUGGGGCGAGUGCGCCAUGCAGGAGCGUUUUAUUGACUGCCAAAACCCUGGGCGUUGCUAUUAACAUGAUUCAAACAAAACCAAUGUCCCCGGAUGUUGAGAAACCCGAUUUCAUAAAGAUGAACCCCCAAAAAACUGUUCCAACAUUAAACGAUAAUGGACUUUAUCUUAACGAAAGCAGAGCCAUCAUGCAAUAUUUGUGCAAUAAGUAUGCAAAAAACGACAAAUACUACUCUAAAGUUCCCAAUGAGAGGGCGAUCGUUGACUGUCGUCUUAACUUUGACAUUGGCACGCUUUACCCAAGAUUUGCGGAAACUUAUUAUCCAGUCAUUUUCUUCGGACAACCAAAGUUUGAUGACGAUAAACUGAAGCGUUUAGACGAUGCGGUUGAGUUUGUCGAGAGUUACCUGGAGCACGGUUACAUUGCUGGAAGUACAUUAAGUAUUGCCGAUAUCGCUGUGGUUGUGACUUUAUCAACCAUGGAGGCAUUUGGCCACAACCUGGAAAAAUUCCCCAAGGUGCUUGAUUAUAUGGCCCGAUGCAAAAAAGAAAUUGCAGGAUAUGAAGAAAUUAACCAAAAAGGGCUCGAUUUCUUUGUUGGACUUGCAGGGCCAGCUCUGGAGAAAGCAAGACAAGCAUAAUUUCCCAUUCUUAUGUUACAUUUUAUGUUUAUUGUCUAAUUCAAUGAACAAGAAUAUGGAGAAUAAAUUGAAUUGUAAGGAAUUCCCAUA